AUGUCUUCUCAAAUCUUUUUAAAGACAAGUCAAGAUAUUGAAUUAUUCUCUGGUUACCCAGAAUUUAAACAAAUUGCUACCAACACAGCUACUACUCCCGAAGAAGAACCUGCCGCCAAACAAGAUGACGAUGAAGUAGUUCCAGAAUCUCGUAACAAGAGAUCUAUCGUUGCCUCAGUCUUAUCUCCAUGUGGUAGAUACAUUGCCUAUUCCAAAAAAGAUUAUGUAUUCAUCAUGACUGGUAAAGAUUUUGAAAUUGAAUAUUAUAAAUUGAAACUAUCUAGUGUUUAUGAUUUAAAAUUCUCUCCAAGUGGGAAUUUCUUAUCUACAUGGCAAAGAAUCUCCUCUGUUGAUACUAAACCUCAAAAUGCAAAGAUUUGGUAUUUGAAUCCUAAACAAAAAGCUGAUGAAGAAUUAAAUCUAGUAUAUGAAUAUGGUGCCAACUCUCAAAACGGUUGGUCUUUACAAUUUUCUAAAUUGGAUAAUUUUAUUAUCAAACAAGUUAAUAAGCAAUUAAGAAUCGUUAAAGUCGAUUUAACUAAUAAGGACAAAGAAAUUAAAUUCGAUUUUGAAAAGCCUUAUGCUGUAUUAAAGCAAGAAGAAUCUAAACAAUUUUUUGGUACAUAUUUAAUUUCUCCAUCUGAAAACCCAACCAUUUGUACUUUUACACCUGAAAAAGCUGGUAAACCAGCUCAUUUGACCAUUUGGCCAAUCACAGAAGGUGUUAUCACCAAGAAGAUUACUACAAAGACUUUUUUCAAAGCUGAUUCAUGUCAAUUGAAAUGGAACCCAAUGGGUAACGCUAUUUUAUGUGUUGCCACCACUGAUUUUGAUUCUUCUAACCAAUCAUAUUAUGGUGAAAAUACUUUAUAUCUAUUAACUUUCCAAGGUGUUAAUGGUACUUUAGGUGGUAAUUCUAUUAGAGUCUCAUUAUCCAAAGAUGGUCCAAUCCAUGAUUUUACAUGGUCUCCAACCUCUAGACAAUUUGGUGUGGUUCAUGGUUUUAUGCCAGCUACUGUUACAUUUUUUGAUAUACGAGGUAAUGUUGUUCAUAGUUUGGUGGAUCAACCAAAGAAUACAUUAUCGUUUUCUCCAAGUGGUAGAUACAUCUUGAUUGCCGGUUUUGGUAAUUUACAAGGUUCCAUUGAAAUAUUAGAUAGACAUGAUAAAUUCAAAAGUAUCACCAAAUUUACUGCAUCCAACACAUCUGUUUGUGAUUGGUCUCCAGGUGGUGAAUUCAUCUUGACUGCUACUCUAUCUCCAAGAUUAAGAGUCGACAAUUCCAUUCAUGUCUGGCAUGUAUCUGGUAAAUUAAUUUAUACCAGACCUUACAAAGAACUAUUGAAGGCCUCAUGGCGUCCUAAUUUAAUCAACAAGAACGGUGCAGUAGAAGAUGUUCAUGACCCAGUCAUUACCAAUGUCCAAAAAGAUUUGAUAAUCCAUGAAACCGCAGAAAAAGCUCUAGCUAAACAAAAGGAAUUAGCGGCCAAGAAUCUACUGAAAAGUAAAGACUCUAGCUCCAGCUUAAACGGUAAUGGUACAAACUCUACCAGUAACGGUAACUCUGGUAGUAGUAGUUCCGGUGGUGCUUAUAGACCGCCACAUGCCCGUAAGACUGGUAGAACUAUUCCAGGCUUGACAAGAGAUUCUUCUAAUGGUAGUUCUAGUAGCACCAAUAGUAGUGGUACUAAGACUGUUCCAGGUAUGACUCGUCAAGUACCAGGUAUGGCACCAACUAAUAAUAACAAAGAAAGUAAAUCUGCCUCUAAGAACCGUAAGAGACGUAAUAACAAGAAAGAAGAAACCGAUGGUGCUUCUAAGACAGCUAAUGCACCUGUACUUAAUAAAGAAACUUCUCCAGAAGAAAGAAAAAUGCGUUCUCUAUUGAAGAAACUAAGAGCUAUUCAAAAUUUAAAAGAAAGACAAGCAAACGGAGACAAACUAGAGGACACCCAAGUCCAAAAGAUUGGUACCGAAUCUAAAGUCAUGGAAGAACUGAAGUUCUUGGGAUGGUCCGAAGAUGACCAAGCCAAGGCAUGA